CAUUUGAUUGAUUGAUCACAAGAAUAGAUUUUAUGACUUGCUUUCCAUGACGUUUCUAUUGGACAACGCUUUGAAGAGGAAGAAGAAGGCGGAAAUAGACUUGUAAUAUUAAAUACUUGUCUCACUGAAAUUGAUUUGGUUAUGAGUGUUCAAAGACUAUAUUUGAACCACAACUGGAGUGUAUACUCUGAACCCAAUAAGACUUUGACAACGCACCAAGAAGCAAUAGUCAAGUAUGUUGCCAACCUACCAGCUUGUGUCCACUCGAUCCUUUUAGAAAAUGGGGUUAUAGCUGAUCCCUUCUAUGGAGAGAAUGAAAAGCUCCUUCAGUGGAUACCUGAGCAUACUUGGUCCUUUGCUCGUCGUAUUCCUUCCAACGUGUACCAAACUUGUCCAAGCGUUCGAUAUUUGUUGAUUUUCGACUGCAUUGAUACCGUUGCAGACAUUUUUCUGGAUGGAAAGGAACUAGGUCGUGUUGAGAAUAUGUUUUAUAAGCACGAAUUUGAUAUUACAUCAUUUUCAACUUCUUCUCAUGAUAUGGAGUUGAAAGUGACAUUUCCACCAAUCAUGGACUACAUUAAGAAAAGAGAAAAGUCGCAUCCUUAUCGAGAGUGGAACGAUCCUGUGGGUGGAGCAAGUAGAGUUCGCAAGGCACAAUAUUCAUUUGGAUGGGACUGGGGUCCACGAUUUCCUACUUGUGGAAUCAUUGGUAACGUAUACAUACUUUGUAUUCCAAAUUGUAGAAUUGUAGAUUGGAGAAUAUCACAACGAUAUGAAUCGUUGGAAAGGGUAGUAUUGAAUAUAAAUGCUGAAGUGGAAUUUGUUUCACAAAAGCCCGUAAAUGUUCGUUUCGAUGUUUCUUACGCUGGCAAAUUGAUUGGCAGUUGCUCGUUGGAGAAGUCAGAUACUUGCGUUUAUAGAGGACAAUUUCUUAUCCAAGAUGCUAAGCUUUGGUGGCCAAAUGGUUAUGGAACACAACAUCUUUAUCAAGUAUCCUUAUCAGCGUUCUCCGAGAAUGAACAAAUUGCACUUGACUGCUUGACAGAGAUCAUCGGUUUGCGUCAAAUUUUAUUGGAUACUUCGAAGACAGAAGAUGGAUACAGAUUCCAGUUUUAUAUAAACGGCCGACCCAUCUUUUGUAAAGGUGCUAGUUGUAUUCCAUUUCAUAGUUUUUUGGAUCAAGUUACUACAGAAGAUUAUCGCAAAGUUCUGGGUUCAGCAAAGAUGGUAGGAAUGAAUAUGAUAAGAGUUUGGGGAGGUGGUAUAUAUGAGAAGGAUGUAUUUUACAAUCUUUGUGAUGAAUAUGGUUUACUUGUUUGGCAAGAUUUUAUGUUUGCUUGUGCUUUGUAUCCAGGAGAUGCAGAAUUCUUACAAAGUGUGGAACAGGAAGCAAAGUAUCAAGUCACUCGAUUAAGAAACCAUCCUUGUUUGGCAAUAUGGUGUGGUAAUAAUGAAUUGGAGCAGAAUCCUGAAGACAUUUUACAAAAUGAAACUACCCGGGCCAAUUAUUUACGUCUGUUUUAUGAAUUGUUGCCUCAGAUUGUUUCAACUUAUGAUGGACAGACUCCUUAUGUCCCUUCUUCUCCUCAUCAUCCUGAGGGUUUUGAAAAGCUCUACAAUGCCAACCUUUUAGGUGGUGAUACUCAUUUUUGGGAUGUUUGGCAUAAGAAGGCUCCUGUAGAGAAUUAUCUCAAGCAUCGAACUAGAUUCUGUUCCGAGUUCGGAAUGCAGUCGCUUUGUUCGAUAGAAACAUGUCGUUUAUUUGCAUCAGAAUCGGAGAUGAAUAUGUCCAAUUCAUUGUUCCCAUUUCCAAAUUCAUACAAAAGUUUGUCCUAUCUUUCACAACUUAACCAAGCACUAUGUAUGAAAUGUGGAGUCGAGCAUUUUCGUCGACAAAUGCCAUUCACUAUGGGUUCGCUCUAUUGGCAACUAAAUGAUUGCUGGCCAGUAACAAGUUGGAGUUCCAUCGAAUUUGGUGGUCGUUGGAAAGCUCUUCAUUAUUUCGCUAAAAGAUUUUUUUCUCCUUUACUAAUAAGUGUUGUAUCGUUAGGUGAAGAAACUAUCAAUGUUGCCAAUCAACUUGUGACUCAUCGGAGUCAGUUUGAUAUUUUUGUUACUUACGAUGGACAACUCCCAGUUAUUCCUGUAUGUAUCUGUUGGAAAUUGUAUCAUGUACAACGAAAUGUUUGUCUUAUGGAAGGAACAAAAGAAUAUGAAAUUCAAAGAGAUACUUCUGUACGGGUGCAUUCUUUUGAUUUUUCAAAACAAGUUGCUGAAUUUUCUGUUUCCAAUUUGAUUCUACAUGUUCGAGCAACACAACAAGAAAAGAAUGGAGAAGGCCUUGUUUCUGAAAACACCGUUUGGUUCACCGCUCCUCGCUUUUAUCAUUUGACACUUGGUUCUAAGUGUAUUCAGUAUUCUCUUACCAAAGUAUCUUUUAAGAGAUGGAGAUUGAAUCUUCAUUCCCAUACAUUCCAACCGUUUGUUUGUUUGACAGAUGACAACUUGGAAUGGCAAGAUAAUUUUUUCGAUUUGUUCCCUGAUCAAGAACGUCAACUAUAUGUCCGAUGCAAAGAUAAUGAGAAGUUUCCAGAAAUUUCCUUGAUUUCAUUAGGAGAUGCCAUAUUCCAUUAAAAAGAUUUAUUAUGUUUGUAUGAAAUGGUAGUUUUCUUUGAUAAAGAGUAUGUGUGUGAAUGCUACAUGUUUAUACGAGUGUUCAUGAUUGAGACACAAACACAGUGAAGUCCAUCCUAAUGAGAUUAUUUUGACA